CAGUCAAGGUAUUUUCUGCGUUUGAUGUUAAUAAAUGUAACAUGUCACGUCACGUGCAUCCAGUAAUACAGAACCGGAGCAAAACUAAGCAGCUUAUCCUCAUACUAAAAAAGUGUAUUUAUUCUUUAUGUUGACAACAUGCUAAGAUCACAGCUUUUCCGGGCUCGUUGACAACACACUGCUCGUUUCCAUAGCGAUGGUUUUGUUGAUACAACGACGCAGGAUUCCAGAACCAGGGUUGACUGAUAAAACGGACAAUGGCAGAUCUACCCGAUCAAGAAGUUCCAGCUGCACCACCGCAGAGUCAGAACCAACCCUUUACUGCAAGAACAAUGAGGCAGCUGAAUGCUGAGACUAUCUAUGCCACAGACAGCCCAAGAACACACAACCUGAAAACCUUGAGGGCUAAACGUCUGGCAUAUUUUGCCAAAACAGAGAAGCCGAAGAGUGGGGGAGCAUCAGAACAUAUUUCAAGCAAAUCCCUAUCUGAUUUAAACAAGGCUUCUGAUGUAAAGAGUAUUGCUCUGAAGUACUCAUCAAAAAGUUUGGAAAAGAAAGAUGACAGCAUUUACAAACAACCCACAGAUGGAUUAAUUUGUCUUAAUAAUGAAACAGCAAUGGACGGUCAGUGCUUUCCAGGAGAAUGUGGCGAGACACACCUAGAUCAUGGCCUGCUUCAGGACAGUAAUGUGCCAGAAAAUCAGAAGCUCAGGCAUGUUUUAAGCUGGGCUCAGAAAUUUAUUAAUAUUCGCAAUGGUGGAGAUAAUAAUAAUCAAAGACACUCAGAAGGCAUUUCUGGGAGAAGGUUUCCUCAGUUUUUGCAAGAUAAUGAAUCAGAGUGUUUAGGUACAUCAUCCCAGAUGAUAAGAGACUCCAACUGUGUUGCACCUAGAAUCAUGGCGAGCAAAAAGUCACAAGCUUAUGAUUUCAAACACACUGUGUUAGAAGAGGAGACAUUAAAUAAUGUAAUUGGACAAGAAAACCAUAAAUGGAUGCAUAAAGACUUUUUACAUAAUGUAAGCAAACCAUCUAGUUUCAUGAAUGCAAAUGAUUCCCUUGAUGAAGCCAGUGCUGAUAGACCUCUUUACUCUGCUUUUGAUAAAUCUGACCUCCAAGAAACACAAAAAGAGAAACAGAUCUUUCUGCUCAGUGAUCUACAAGGCAUGAGUCCUAAACAUAUAAAUGAAGGAGGUCAGUCAGGUGGCUUUGACUUUAGUGAGAGAGAGUUAACAAGGAACACUUCUACCAAUAACUGUCCUAAAUAUAAAGACAUUUCUUUUUCUUCCUCUGAUCAUAGCCAAUUUGAAUUUCGGUCCCUCCUUCAAGAUGAAUUUGAACAAAAAAGAAUACAAGAGAUAGCAGGCAGAGCCAGAACAAGUACUCGUCUUUCUAAAGAGUCAGAUUUUGAUGAAUGUCAUAAAAGCAAUCUGUCUAAAGCAGCAUCAUUAGAAAAAGCCACUGUAAUAAAUUGGCAGAAAUCAACAGAUGUACCAGAAUAUCCAAAUCAUAAAAUGACAGAUGCAAAAUCCAGGUGGUAUUUACAGUUUUCUGCUUGGGAUAACAAUGAACAUAAUGACACAACACCUGCAGGGCAUACUUUAGCAAACAGCUGCUGUACUGAACUGAGUCAAGAAAACAUGAUUAGUAAUCCGAAGAAAGAUUUAAAAGAAAUCCCUGGAUUAAAAUUUUGUACCAAAUCACUGAAAAUGGAUGGAACCAAAGACAAAAAUGAAGAAAUGAAGAUAAAUUCACAGAUAUGUUUAGAAAGAGAUGAAAUUAAAUAUGGUAGAACUAGGGAUGUCAAGGAGCAAUUCAUUUUUCACCCGGAUUGUGAUUCUGAAAAUGUAAUCACUGACAUGAAGAAAGGCGAUGGCUUGGUGAGGUUCUGUCCUGAUUGUUCUAGGCCGAAUGAUUCAGAUAUUAACUGGUGCACAGCCUGCGGAUGUGCUCUUAUUGGCAUUGUUACUAGACCUUAUAAAGAACACAGUGAAAUUCACAACACUCCUGUAUGUGAUGUAAAAAGUACAAGUAAAAAUUAUUUUGGGGGGAAAACAAGGAUUCAGAGAACAAACAGAGAACAAACAAAUCCAAGUUUUGAGGAUUUUGGAGAUAUUGACCCAAUCUCCAGCUCUCUUUUUGACAUCAGAUCUGAUGUGAGUGUUUAUGAUAAAUAUAUUACGUGUGUCCAGCAUCUCAAUAAUAUUAAAAUCCAGCACAACAGAGAAAGACGUGAACUGAACAAUGGCAGAGACUCUGAUCAGAAAGAGAUGUUUUUAAAUGGCUGUGUUAAUUCUGUUACACAGAACUGUGCAAAUUAUGAAAAUAAGACCUCACAUGGAGGUGGCAUGCUGGAUACAGAAAUUGCCGUUCCCCAGCAGAAGGAUUCAAUGAACAAAACACUGCCAAAAGAUAAUAAUGUGAAUGUGGACGAAACCAGGAAUCUGGGAAUGACUUUUUCUUCUGUAGGCAUGGAGGCAGAUGUGAAGAUCACAGAACCUGUUAAGGACACUAGUGUAGAGCAAGCUGCUGAACACCAAGCUGAAUAUGUGCUUGAAAAUGAUUUUGAUCUUGUUGAAAAGGAAAAGGGAAGCAGAGCACAAACAUCUAACAAGUUAAAAGGAAGGAAAAUGCAAGAAAUUAAACCCAAAAGGAGCCAAAACAUUGAUCUUUCCCUGGCAGGUAGCAAAAGAUACUGGGAGAAAUCAAGUAUUGCCUGGUCAUCUUACAAUUCUGGGGAACUAAAGCCAAGAUCCACGCUAACAGGUAGACCACUAUCGGCAGAGAAAUGUAGACCAUCUACAUGUCAAGCAUGCCAACAGGAAGCCACAUCCAUAGAAGCACACCACAGUUGCAAGGGACUCGAAGAACAUGUCUUCAAGAGACCUCUAAGUGCAGGUGCUACGGACACUACACAAGCAAGCUUACUGAACAUUCAGAAUGCCUCAGAAACCCAUAAAAGGCAUGCAUGGAUGUUACCAAAGGACACAAAACCAAAUACAUUGAUAGACUUUAGAAAACAGAAAGAUCAGACAGGGGAUGCUGCUCAUUUUUUGUGGCUUGUCCUUCCUGACGAGUUGUGGAUAUACAUUCUGUCAAUGAUUUCUCACAAAGACCUCUGUCAAGCGGCUCAGGUGUGCCAUCGUUUACGAUGCCUGGCAAAUGAUAAGACACUUUGGCAAACUGUCCGGAUUGAAAACUGUAUAUGUUUGAAUGAUACCUGGCUUUCUAAUAUUGGCAGACAUUGCCCAAAGAGCCUUACACUGUACCGAUGUCAGUCUGAAUCCAUUACUGACAAAGGGCUAGAUGACUUAUUUAGGCAGUGCAAGUACUCCCUUAAGGAGCUCAGUGUCACAAGCUGCAGUGGACCUAGGCUAAGUGGAGAUUCUGUGCUGCUCCAUUGCACUGCACACUGCAUUCAGCUGACAUCAGUUGACAUCAGCUGGACAGGAGCCACAGAUAUGGGCGUCCUGUCUCUUGUGAAUUCCUGUAAUAGGCUACAAAGUCUAUCCAUUAAUGGAUGCCAAAUGACAGAUGAUGCUCUUAAGGGUCUUGUUAAACGACAUGGAAAGAGUCUCAACAGGUUAGAGGCUUUUGGAUGCCAUGCCCUCAGUGCUAAGUCUAUGAGCUCUUUGGCUGAUCAAUGUCCUAAUCUGAGGGUUUUGAAUAUUGGUCAAAUGCCAAAGAUCACAGAUGUCUGUUUGACUCACAUGAUUCCCUGUUUCAAACAUCUGACUUCAAUAAAUGUAACAGGUAUUAAUGUGGUACGAGACCGGACUGUCCAUUGCAUUGUAAAGCAUUGCUCUAAAUUGGAGAGCUUAACUCUUAGCUCCUGUCCCUGCAUCACAGAUGUGAGCUUGGUGGAGGUUAGCACCUAUCUGCCCACCAUUCGGUAUUUUGAUGUUAGUGGCUGCAGGAAAGUUACUGACACAGGGGUGCAAGCAAUAACUCUGACCUGUCGCCAUCUACAGUACCUGGACCUCAGCUCAACCAGGACCGGCAAGAGGGGUGUGUGCCUCCUGGCUAAUUACUGUUACAGAAGCCUGGAAUGUGUGAAACUUAGUUUCUGCAAAGAUGUCUCUGAGGAUGCUGUUAAAAAACUGUGCAAAAACUGUAAAAGGCUGAAGCUGCUUCACCUCUUUGGCUGUCACGGCAUACACAAUGUGAAGGGCAUCAGGGAAGUAAAUCAGAGGAUUGAAGUGCACUAUGAUCUUUCAAUCAACACAUCAUUCCUAAAGAAGAUUUAAACGUCGUAAAAAUGUGACAAAAAGAUAUGAACAUCACUUAAAUACAGUGAUUACCACUUGCCAUACCUAUUAGUCACAGCUUAAAUAUUUCUAAAUAGUUGCCUUAUAUUAUAGCUUACAGUAAAGCCUUGUUAAAGCCUUUUUUGAAUCUUGGUUUCUUGUUUUAAAAAUAGAUGUGACACUGACAUACACAUUUAUGUUUUAAAUGUAAUAAAUAUGUUUUUUAAUUUGAGUCUUUCUUUAAUUAUGGAAAUAUGUUUGCCAUUGAUUUACUAAGUAUGCUUGAGGAAACUGGCGUAUCUGUGCAUAAUGUUUCCUGUUCUCAGUUUUAUUUCUGUACAUUAUACUUACUAGCACUUACAUACAGUGUCAUUACCUUUAAAAGUCCAUGUCUUUUCCUUCUGAUACUGUAAAUUUAAAUACAUCAUUCAUUUAAUACACUUUUGCGAAUGAGGCCCUUAAAUGCCACAUGCCACAGCUGUAUCACUGAAUUAUUCACAUACAACUGACAUCCCAUCUAAAGCUUUCCGAAUGAUGGUACUAUGUAAAUAAGUCCAUUGCAUUUCCAAAGGGUUCCCAAGAAAAACCCACUACACCAAAGAAGUACACCAAAAUCACUGUGAAGAGUAACAUCUACACAUACUGCUAUAAAUGUAUCACCACUAUGUGUCUUAUUAUUUGUGUAAUUCAUGCUGACCAAAAUGGA